UCCUUCGGCCCACUGGUGCGGGGGGCAGUGCGUGGGAGGGGAGCGAGUGGGGGGGACACACCCAGAGCGACGCGUGGUCUGCCAGCGAGCAUGAUCGUGGACAAGCUGCAGGAGGACAGCCGAGGCGGGGAAGGCCUGCUAGACUGCGCGGCCGGCGAGGGCGGCCUAAUGACCAGCCCCCUCAACCUGGCCUAUUUCUACGGGGGGUCGCCCCCGUCCGCGGCCGUGGGGCCGAGCGAUGCCAGCUUCUUGUCGUCCAGCCACUCGACGCCGGGCUCCCCCGGCUCGGACUCCUCCGACUUCUCCUCCUCUUCCUCGGUCUCCUCGGCCUCCUCCUGCAGCGCCCCUGGAGAGUCCCGGGCCAGAGGGGGCCCCCGCGCGGACCGUGUGCAAGGUGAACACCAUAUGGCUGGUGGAAGGCAACAGAGAGGACCCUUUCAAGGUGUUCGUGUGAGAAAUUCAGUGAAGGAACUCUUGUUGCAUAUAAGAAAUAGUAAGCAGAAGUCUUCUGCUGCAGCUGUGGAUGAUUUCAAGGCACGAAGUGUGACUACAGAGCAGUUUACAGCAGAGUUGAAGAACAUAUUGGCACAUAGUGGGAAAAGGAAGGGGGCUGAUCCUGUCUCUGAUGGACCAUCUUGCAAAAGGCCAGCUACAGCAUUGCACAGCCAGUUUUUGACACCACCCCAAACUCCAACUCCUGUGGAUAGCAUGGAAGAUGUUCAUAUUAAUGAACCCAAACAGAACAAUUCUGAUCUGCUUCAGAAUAUUAUGAAUAUUAAAAAUGAAUCCAAUCCCGUUUCCCUGAAUACAGUUCAGUUUAGCUGGAUGAGCCCGGGGGUUAUCAAUCAGAGCUCUCCGAGGGAACAGUAUCAGGAUUUCCAUGGAGGGCAGAUUCUCACUCCGCCACAGAAGCACCAGCCAUUCCAAGUCAGCAGUUCACCACAAGUGAUGGAUCAAUCUCAUAUAUAUCAGUUUUCUUCUCCACAGAGCCAGGAUCUGCAGCAGCCCUUUAGUCACAUUUCAGUCCCAGAAUGUAGUCCAUAUUCUGGAAAACCUCAUUCUCCUACCUAUGAACCAAACUUAUUUGAGGGGCAAGACCUGCUGUUCUGCCCAACCCAAAGCUUUGCAUCUCUCCUAAGUGGUCCUGGAGAACCAGAGAAUAUUGCUGUCCCCAUUCAGACUUCACCCAGUGCCCAGCAGCAGCAGCAGCAGCAGCAGUCAAGUGAGAUCAACAUCCAGAACUUUAACCUGGGGUCAAACAAUGCCUGUGAUGUUGUGAGUAGGCAGGAUCUAGGCUUAACCCCUUUAAAUGUUUCCCUGCCACUCCAGAAUGUGGCUGGAAAUUCGAUGAACACCACACAGUUAGGAAAGUCCUUCUUUCAGUGGCAGGUAGAACAGGAAGAAAACAAGCUUGCCAACCUGUCCCAGGACCACUUUGUGUCCAAAGAUGCGGAUGGUGACACGUUACUACACAUUGCAGUUGCCCAGGGACGAAGGGCCCUGUCUUAUGUUCUUGCAAGGAAGAUGAGCGCUCUUCAGAUGUUGGAUGUUAAAGAACACAAUGGUCAGAGUGCCUUUCAGGUAGCAGUGGCUGCCAAUCAGCAUCUCAUUGUGCAAGACCUGGUGAACCUGGGGGCCCAGGUGAACACCACGGACUGCUGGGGAAGAACACCACUCCAUGUCUGUGCUGAAAAGGGCCACUCACAAGUCCUUCAGGCAAUUCAGAAGGGGGCCAUCUGUAGCAAUCAGUUUAUAGAUCUGGAAGCUACCAACUAUGACGGUCUCACUGCUCUCCACUGUGCAGUGGUGGCUCACAAUGCUGUGGUUCACGAGCUCCAGAGGAACCAGCAGCAUCACUCACCUGAAGUCCAAGACCUUCUCCUGAAGAACAAGAGUCUGGUUGACACAAUCAAAUGCCUAAUCCAGAUGGGAGCCACUGUGGAAGCGAAGGAUCGUAAAAGUGGCCGCACUGCUCUUCAUUUGGCUGCUGAAGAAGCCAACCUAGAACUGAUACGCCUCUUUUUGGAGCUGCCCAGUUGCCUGUCUUUUGUGAACGCUAAGGCUUAUAAUGGUAACACUGCCCUCCAUGUGGCUGCCAGCCUGCAGUAUCGAGUGACCCAGUUAGAUGCAGUCCGUCUGCUGAUGAGGAAGGGAGCUGAUCCAAGUACUAGGAACCUAGAGAAUGAACAGCCGGUUCAUUUGGUUCCAGAUGGCCCUGUUGGAGAACAGAUAAGACGGAUCCUGAAGGGGAAGUCUGUUCAGCAGAGAGCUCCACCAUAUUAGCUCCAUGUGAUCUGAAAGUCUAUAGUCAACACUCACUGUCAGUUAGGCAGUCCUGAUGUAUCUGUAAAUAGACCAUUUGCCUUGUAAAUGGCAAAUGUAAGUUGUUUCUGUGAAACAAAAGCAUUUAGUUCACUAUUAUAUAGUGGGUUAUGUUAAAAGAGAAACAUUUUUAAACAUUUAAUUCCUCUUAAUAUAUUGGAAUUUUACAUUCCCAGGUGGCUGGGAUCUAAACACUUAUAUUUUUUAGUGGUUCAAUUGACUAGGUAGGAGAAGAUUUUUUUGAUUUGUUAUAUAAGGCAUUUAUCAGUUUGUUGGUGCCAGUUUAAGAGUGGACAAUUCACAAAAAAAUUUUUUUUUGGGAGGAAUCAAAGCAUUUAGAAAAAAAAAUGAAUCUGAAAAUAUUGUGGCUGCAUUUUGCCUAAUGUGGUACCAUGCAGUUGAGCAUGUGACGUUUAUACAGGUGUUUAGCCUUAUGAAUGAUCAAACACAAAGAUGGUUGAAAUUUUCAGAGUGUAUAUAUUUGCUCUUUUUCUGUUUUAAAACUAGUUCCAAUGUACAUACACUGCUAGACAAGUGGCUAUCCUAAAUUUUAAGUGAAUAAUGAUUUUUAAAAGUAAUGAUUUAUUAUUACUGAUACAUAUCUAAAGAAGCUUCUGUUUUUGAACCACCCAGAAAGUUUCUGUAGAGAAACUGAAUGGAGCAAUUGGGGCACUUUGGUGAAAGACAAAGCUUCAUUUAGAAUAUGAUGAUAUUUUCUUCUCAUUCAGUGAGCUUCUGAUAAUUCUGUUUGUAAGAAUUACGUAUUCUUGAGGAGAACAUUUCUUUCCUCCAGGGUUUUUUUGUCUUAUCUCAUAGGAAUAGCAAAAAGUCACCAUCAAAGCAAUCACCUAGAUUUUGUUCUCUCCUUAAUAAGUGUACUAAUGAUAAUGUAUAGUUGUGUUUUGUAUUUAUUGUAUAGUGAAAAAUGUCCUACUUUAUUUUUUAGUUCUCAACUAAUUGUUGAUAUACUCUAUUAACACUGCCCGAUCUCCAGGGUGCCCAAUUUAACUAGUACAGCUAUGAUUGCACACUAAUUCCUUCUGCUGGAUUUGAUUCCUUUAAAAAAACAAAACAAAAAUUUUCUUAAAUGAUGGAAAGUAUCACAUGUGACUGAUCUUUGUGACUAACUUAAAUCCCUUUAAAAAAGACAGCUUUUGGUUUGAUCACAUUGUUUGAGUAAGUAUGUCUUGUGGACAAAAAUUAGUUGUAAACAUUUGGUGUCAACGAAUGUAGUUGUGAUGUGUACAGUUAAGUAUACUUUGAAUAACUUUGUAUGGUUUUAAAUAAAGUUAUUAAUUCAGUUAU